UGAACCAUUGGCAGCUGCUGAUUGUUGCCUCCAAGCUUCCGCCGCCAACGCCAAGACCGGCCGACUCCCCGUACGUGUCCCCUUCGACUGGCGGAUCAUCGCCUGCCCGUUCUGAUUCCCCCAAACUGGGAAUCACAAGCUGCGUUCUUCGUAGCCGUAUUUGAUUUGAUGGACGGUUAUUACCAUUUAAAGACGGUAAAAAUGGCCAUGAAAAUUGUUAAGUGAUUUUUUGUUGUAAGUGAUUUUUUGUUUGUUUUCUGCAGGCCAUUGUGAAUCUGGGUUCUCUGAUGAAGUUACUGAAUACUCCCUUAUUCCACGCUUGAAAGCAUUCGCUGAUUGGAUUCUUAAGGCAAUGGAUUUAGGUAACCUUGAAGACAUUUUCCCUGCAGCUAGUCAUGAAUAUGCACCGCUUGUUGAGGAACUAUGGAAAGAUCAUGCUAUUCAAGCUACAUAUAAACGAAGAAGUGAACUGUCAUUCCUUCCACCUGCUGCCAUUAUUUUCUUGAUAAGGCUGUUGAUAUUUCUCGAACAGAAUAUGAGCUCUCUGAUAUGGAUAUACUGUGUGCUAAUGGAAUUACAUCCUCGGAUGGGCUAGCAUCAACAGAAUUCUCUUUCCCACAGAUGUCUUUGGGCGGACAGGGUGCUGAUGAGCCUGAUCCACAGGACACCUUGCUAAGGUACCAGCUGAUCAGAACAAACAACAGAGGUUUGCACGAGAACAGCAAAUUUCUGCAAAUGUUUGAUGAUGUGAGGCUUGUUAUCUUCUGUGUUGCUGCUAGCGACUACGAUGAGUACUAUGAGGAUGCAAAUGGCACGAUUGUCAAGAAGAUGAUAGAGAGUAGGCAGCUGUUUGGGAGCAUCGCCCUUCAUCCAACAUUUGAGCAAAUGGAUUUCCUCCUACUCCUCACCAAGUUUGUUCUCCUAGAGCAGAAGAUUAACAGCUCCCCUCUAACCUUAUGUGACUGGUUCGACGACUUCAAUCCCCUGAUCAGCCGCAGCCUGCUCAACGGCAGCAGCAGGAGCACCCGGAGCAGCCAGACCGGGGCGACGCUGGCCCAGAUGGCCGCACACUACAUGGCGACAAAGUUCAAGAGGCUGUUCGACUCCCUCAAGGGGCGGAAGCUCUACGUGUCGUACGUGAACACCCUGGACCAGGAGUCGGUCGUGUCUGCGAUCCGCUACACCCGGGAGAUCAUCAAGUGGGAGGAAGAGAAGCCCGUGUUCGGCACCAGCGAAACGGUUUACAGUGAGGAGCCGAGCACCUCCACUCACUGACCUGAUCCCUCACCUUUGUUGUGUGCAGAGAAGAGGUGUAAAUAUCUGUGCAUUUCGCCAUUUCUUAGAGUUGUACCCCCGUUCCUUUUGUUCGUAGCUGAUCACCGGCUUGUGUGGCUGUUAGCUAUUGUGACAGAAGUUGGAAAUGGUAAAAACACUUUAUUCUGGACUGAUAGAUGGUUGCUUGGCCAAAGCUUCGAGCAAACACUGCCACAUCUGUUCAGUUCAGUGGCAGCCAGAGCAAGAAAGAAAACAGUACAUGCAUCACUCUCUGAUGGAAGCUGGAUUGCUGGUAUAAGAGGGCUCUACAGGUCUUGCUCGAAUACCUCCAUCUGUGGGAACUUCUUUCAACUGUUCAAUUACAGCCCGAAGUGGAGGACACACAUAUCUGGCAAUUUCAGCUUCUGGUCAAUAUUCCACAAAAUCAGCAUAUGAAGCAUUAUUUAUUGAGCCCCCCGAAUUUAGUCCUUGGCAAAGAAUUUGGAAGAGCUGGGCCCCUAGGAAAUGCAAUUUUUUUUUAUGUGGACAGCAGCUCAUAAUAGAUGUUGGACUGCAGACCGACUUGCAAGAAGAGGCCUUCCUCGCCCUGCAGCUAUGUGAUCAGGCUGAUGAAACAAUUGACCACCUGCUUGUCUCAUGUGUUUUCUCACGCCAAUUAUGGUUCAACAUCAUGCAAUUCUUUGGCUUAGAUGUCCUUGCCCCACAGCUGAAUGAGUUGUGCUUUGAAGAUUGGUGGGCCAAAGCAAGUGACAGGGUUUCUGGUCAAGUGAAAAAGGGCUCAACUCCACAUCAUUUUAGGCGCUUGGUCACUGUGGCUCCACCGCAACCAUUGUGUUUUCGAUGGAGGUACUCCCAGUUUGACUACCGUUGUCUCGGCCUUCAAAGAAGAAGUGUGGCAGUGGGCUUUGGC